CCUGAAUACACGCCACUCGUUGAGCGAAGGGAGUCAGGAUCAAGCCCCCGGUUUGCAGAAGAGCCCACACAUAGGUCACUGCUGUAUAUUUGACUACUGAGGACCAAACACAGAGUUAUUUAUUUAAUGAAUUUUGCUAACCAAAUUCACCCGCGUCAUUCUCACCUCUUUUAAUUCUAUUUGACAAGACUUGUUUGGGACCUGCCACUGCAAGAUUCUCUCUCGCUUUCCCCUCCAGCUCCCUGUGGCCAUUUUAAAUUUCCUGGGAAGCAUUAGCUCUCAAACAGCAAAGCCAUGGCUAGAAUCCUGCUGCUGUACCUGAGUUUGGGCUGCUCCGCGGCCCAUGGACGCACGUGCAUGUCGGCUCAGUUUAAAAAGCCAGGUGAUUAUAUCCUGGGAGGCUUGUUCCCUUUUGGAAUGAAUACCAUGAACCUGAGCGAGCGACUGGAGCCCAGUGUCGUUGUGUGUGAAAGGUUAUAUGCUUCUGGCCUGAUCUGGGCUCUAGGGAUGAAGUUUGCCAUCAAUGAAAUCAACAACUCCACUUCCCUCCUCCCGGGAAUAAAACUGGGCUAUGAAAUCUACGACACCUGCUUAGAGCCAGUGGUGGUCAUACAGCCUAGCUUGUUAUUCCUGACGAGGGAGGGCAGCACUGGGAUCAGAGUCCUGUGCAGCUACACCGACUACCAGACCCGAGUAACAGCUGUGAUUGGGCCUUACGUGUCAGACCUCGCUCUGAUUACAGCCAAGCUCUUCGGCUUCUUUCUAAUCCCGCAGGUCAGCUACGGAGCCAGCAGUGAGAAACUCAGCCAAGAGGAGUAUUACCCGUCCUUUUUCCGGACCGUUCCCAGUGACAAGAGCCAGUCGAAAGCCCUGGUGCAGCUGCUCGACAAGUUUGAAUGGAACUGGAUCGCAGCCAUCGGGAGCGAAAACGAAUAUGGCCGUGAAGGCGUAGGCACCUUCUCUAGCUUGGCCACAGCCCAGGGCAUCUGCAUAGCCUAUGAGGCAUUGAUUCCUGCUGACCCAUCGGUCCCACAAGAUCACAAGAAACUGGAGAAAAUAAUCAAGUACAUCAAUGAGACCCAGGUGAAUGUCAUUGUCCUCUUCUCCGUGGACAGGCCAGCGAAGGCCCUGCUGGAACAGUGGAUCAGUCAUGGCUUCAGCCAGAAGGUCUGGAUUGCCACUGAAGCCUGGGUGAUGUCUGACAUAGUCACCUCCAUCCCUAACAUCCAGACCAUUGGGACCGUCAUCGGCUUUACCAUCAAGGGAGGCAUUGUACCUGGCUUUCAAGACUACGUUGCUGACCUCUUCGCAUCCGUCCAGCAGGAGAGUUUCUGCCGGGCUUCCUGGGAGUACAGCCGCGAUGCCGACUCCACUGUGCUGGGCCCGCAGUGCAGGCAAUGCGACAACGUCUCCCUGCACGACAUCACUCACUUGCUAGAGAACCAGCAGACCUACGCAGUGUACGUCGCGGUCUACAGCGUGGCCCACGCGCUGCACCAGGCGCUGGGGUGCACGGAGGAAGGGUGCCCAAAAGCGACUGUCAAGUCCUGGCAGCUGCUGGACAUCAUGGAAGAGCUUCAGUUCACCCUUGAUAACCAAUCAUUCCAGAUGGACCAGUUCCAUAGCACCAACCAGGGCUACGACGUCAUGUUCUGGAGCUGGCAGAAAAACAGCCUCCAGUAUAUACCCGUCGGAGACUACCGGGAGUCCUUGCGCAUCGACACGGCCCAGAUUCGGUUUCACACCGUGGAUAGCCAGAAGCCUGUAUCCACGUGUUUUCGGCGGUGUGAACCGGGGCAGAUUAAGAGAGUGAAGGGAUUCCACCUCUGCUGUUAUGACUGUAUCGACUGUGAAGAAAACACCUACCAGAACACCAAAGAGGACUUGUUUUGCACUGACUGUCCAGAGCAUCAGUGGUCACCUAUUCGAAGCACCAAGUGUUACGACCGCAGCGAGAGGUACCUCUUCUGGGACGAGCCGCUCAUCAUCGGCUUGCUGGUCCUGAUGCUCUUCGUCACGGUGCUGACCUGCCUGUCAGCAGUGCUCUUCCUGAAGAACCUCAACACGCCCCUGGUGCAGGCGUCCGGGGGUGCCAGGAGCAUCUUUGCCCUGCUCUGCCUCUUGCUGAUGUAUCUCAGCUUGUGCCUCCACAUAGGGAAGCCCAGCACAGCCGGUUGUAUGGUCCAGCAGCCCCUCUACACCCUGUGCCUCAGCGCUUGCUUCUCCACCUUCUUAGUCAAGUCGCUGGAGAUCGUCUUGCUGACGGAGUUCACAAGCUGUCCCAAAAGCUUCCUGCUCUGGGUGACCCAGAAGAGGGCCUGGCUCGUUGUCGCCGUCACCUGCCUGAUUGGGAGCAUGCUCUGUUUUUGGUACAUCUACUCGAAUCCAGCCCCCCCAGCGAGGGAUUACAAGCUGCUGCACUCCCAGGUUCUGAUCCGUUGUAGGGUUCAGUCCUGGUUCGCCUUCAUUCUGAUCCAUGGCUACACCGGCGGCCUGGCAUUCAUCUGUUUCCUCUGCACUUUCAUGGUGCAGACCCCUGCCAAGAAGUACAACAUUGCCCGGGGGAUAACGUUCAGCAUGCUGUCCUACUUUGUUACUUGGAUCGCUUUCGUGGCCACCUAUAGCACGGUGCAGGCCACGCAGCAGCCCGCUGCGCAGAUCUGCGGCGGGCUGCUGUGCACGCUGGGGCUCCUGGCCUCCUACUACCUCCCGAAAUGUUACAUCCUCUUGUUUAAGCCUGAGUGGAACACCGUGGCUUAUUUCCAGUUACACCAAGAAGGGGCUUCAUGAGAAGGAUUCCCGCUAACCAGGCCUGUUCUCGGCUGCUGUGAAAUAGAAGCGGGGAGGGCUUGAAAUAUUAGCGAGGGUG